AUGUCGGUUGAGCCUUUCAACAUCGUGGUGCGAAAUACUUUCAUUGAUGCAGUGACAGAACCUGAAGGCAUCGUUGUGGAUGACAGCCCUUUGAAUCGGACUCGAUCUGAUCCAACUGGUGGAUACUCCAAGCAGGUGCUAAAUCUGGAUAGGAUAGUGCCGCGAGCAGGAAUAGCAGAGGAAGAGGAGGAGGACGAAGAGGCGCCCAUCCAUGACCUUCCUCAUCCAGCCUUUCAUCGUAGGCCGCUGGAGGACGAGGAUGAGCCUCUGGCUCGAACGCGCAGUAUGGGACAGCCAGCUUUGGCCAAUGUUGGCCGCACGCUCUCGGCUGCCUCAGCAGGCGAGUCCCUGCAGCGAUUGUUGACAGGCGGCGGAGAGGAUGAAAGCUUCGCUGCUGCCAUGGCUGGGGUGCCUCCGUGGGGUCUGUCCAUGGGCCUUCCGCAGCCACCAUGGACGUACCCUUUGCAGCCCCCUAUUGCGCCGCCAAUUCCACAUGCUCCGAUUGCUCCUCCAAUGCCUUCGUGGAGCCUUGACAAUCUCACGGCCCGAACAGCCUCGGCCCACACAGCACAGACUGCCGCACAGACAGCAGCGGCAGCAGCGCGACUUUCUGCGGCCCAAGCUGCCUUGGAACUUGAAAUCUCGGCCAAGGCAGCAGAAGCAGCAAAGGUAGUCGCCUCUAAGACCUUCGCUCAGGCUUCAGCUGAGGCUCUAGCCCAGGUGACCCAGCCUUGCAUGCAUCCCUCCUUGGCUCAGCGGGCCCAGCCACUCAGACAGGAGUGGCAGGAUGACGGCAAGGCCUUCAUGAAAUCGGAUCAGGUUCAGGAUGUGGGACUACCUCUAGGUUCGCUCAUCCCACAGCUGGACGGCAGACCACCCUUGGGCCGCCGACACAGCUUUCAUCAGGAGACGAAGGGCAUGGGCAUCGUUCAGCCGGAUUUUCGCCAGUUCACCAAGGUGGGAUACGAAGGCCGCCUGUCAGUCGUCUCUGAAUCACAAGUGCAUCAAGAUGGGCUCCAAAGAUAUUUGGUGCAGUUCACCUCUGGUGAACUGAGCCGAGCCGAUGGAGUUGGAUUCGUUUUUUCGCAGCGCUUGCCCUGUGCCAAGAACAUCCAGAGGAUAGUCUCGAUUUUUGUGAAUCAACGUGGGCGCAUUUGCAUGCGUGCUUUCACGGAACUCGAGAGGGCGUCGGCAUUUGUAAAGCCUUUGGAACUUGGCGAUUGUGUUGAAAUGGCGAUUGAUUUGACAAAUCAGGUUUGCAGUUUCAACAUCUGGGAAUGUACAGAUUCUGGCUGGCCAGACUUGACAGGGAGGCCAGCGUCCAGCGCGGAGCUAAACUUCGGUGCGAGGUUGCUCAGCCUCAGUCAGGCCCGCACUUGUGCUUUCCUGCAAGCAGUGUUGCCGCAUUAG